UCAUUACUCAUCCAAUUCCAUAACCAAACCAGCUUCUACAACUACUAACUAUUAAACCCACAACCUUCAUUGCCUACAUUUUCUCCACUUUCACCAAUUUCCCCUCACAUUCUCACCUAAUUUCUUGCCUUCCAAUCCAAAACCCGAAUUGCAUCUUCAUCACAUUCCAUCCUUAUUAGCUAACCCUUGGCAUUAUUUCAAAUUUGGAUACCUCUUAGUCGGAUUAACUCAAAUGGACCGAGUAGCGAAAUUGGCGUCACAGAAGGCUGUGGUGAUCUUCAGCAAGAGCUCAUGCUGCAUGUCGCAUGCAAUCAAGAGACUAUUCUAUGAGCAAGGCGUAAGCCCUGCAAUCUACGAGCUUGACGAGGAGUCCAGAGGGAAGGAGAUGGAGUGGGCUCUGAUGAGACUAGGGUGCCAACCGUCGGUUCCGGCGGUGUUCAUUGGGGGGAAAUUUGUGGGAUCUGCCAACACAAUCAUGACCCUUCAUCUUAAUGGCUCCCUAAAGAAGUUGCUAAAAGAUGCUGGAGCUCUAUGGCUGUAGUCCGAAUACCAUGCAUGGAUGAGCAGCCCUAAUAGUACUACUAUAUAUGUCCUUAAAAUAAUAUUUGAGGUUUUAACUCUUUUGUAUUUUUCCUUUUCUUCUUGCAUCCAGCGGCUUAUGAUGUAUACUAAUUUCAACUGUGGUUAUAAUUAAUUAUAUAAGUACAUGGAUCACGUUGAGUCUACAAUAUAUCUUCACUUUUUGUUGAAGUACUGUGUACUAUGUAUUUAAUAUAUAUAUCAAGACGAGUUGAGCA